UGGAAACUUUACAGCCACAUACAAUUUAAGUAGAAACAGUAAGAAAUGACCAGUGACCCAGGAGCAGGAUUGGCCAAUAAUGGCUUAUAAAAAUUGAUUACAAGCUAUUGGUAUUUAUUGAAAUCGUUUGAAUUGGCAUGUGAACACUGAUAAUUCAUCUGUCAUCAAUCAGUUUCUAACUCCAUCUGGAAAUAGGUGCAGUGCCUACAUCUACAUGAAAACAAGGCAAUUUCCUCUAGUUGAGAAGAAAGCCAGAUCUUCAAAUGGAGAAGAUUACAUUUCGUUGCCAAAUCCAACUGAAUUUUCAAAUGCUCUUUUAUUUGAAUUAGGAUACAGAGAUGAGGAAAAGUUCAUACAGAAAAGGGACACAUGCCAGAGAGUGGACAGGAAGCCUGUGUUAGAGGUGGCCACAUCACUAGGAACAAUUUGGCCAGUAGUAGUAGUGGAACAGAGAGGUUUGCUUCUUUGCUGUUUGCCUUUGGUUCCCGAAAACUCCUCCACUAGACCAGAUCUCAUACAGAUACCUGGAGUAUCUAUAGGAUUUUCCUUGCUGUGUGGAUUGGCUGACUUCCUCAGACAAUGUCCUCCUACAGAGGUUUCCCAAAAAAGUGGAGACUUGCAUCUUUACCUGAACACAUCAGUUCCCUUUGGAAGGAUUUCUGAUGUCAAUUGUGAUACUGUGAUGGCCAAGAUGUACAACAGACCAAGCUACCUCCCCAAGUCACGAAAACAACCUUCUUGGAAGCCUGUCCUCCACAAAGGGAAGAAUACUCUGUAUCUGGCCCUCACUGAACACAUCAGGGCCGUCCAGUUUAACAAAGAGAAUGUCCCGGAUACUUUUGACUUAUAUGGAACUGUAUCCUGUAAAUCAGACCUGGAGGUGGCACUGUCCGACAUCACCAUUAAUUUGGCCUACACCUCACAGGAAUCAGCUACACCCUUGGACAAUCUUUUGAUCCACCCCUGUGUUCAGAGUGCUGACUGCUCCAUGUUGCAGAAAGGGGAAACCAAAGCAGCACCACGAAGGAUUAGAUUUACCCCUCCCACUGAAAUGUUCACCCUGUGUCACUACACUGCAGCAGACAUCAAGGAACUGCCAAUCAAAGCUGUGUAUGACAUGAAGAUGACGGACAAUAAAGUCUCCCUGACUAUUCACCUAACACUGAGUGACAGAGUAAAGAAUGCUUUUGAGUACUGUGAGAUGCAGAUACCAUUUCAUAAUAGGGGUGUGAUUGCUAGUCAGGAUUCCUCUGUUAGUCAGGGAAGCACCAUAGUCUCUCCAGAUAAAAAAAUACUGGUGUGGAAUAUAGGUCAAAAGUUUUCAAAAUCCCUGACUGCAGCUUUGGAAGCCACAGUUGUGUUCACAGAUACCAGGUCAUCUGGUACAUUAGAUGAUCCAUUCUGUAAAGAUCAAAAUGCAUAUGCAAAGCUGUUCUUCAAGAUCCCUGACUUUACUCACUCGGGAUGUUGCAUAGACUCGAAGUCAAUACAAGUCUCUCCUAGUACCAAGUUUAAACUUAACACAGUUCAUGAAUAUAUGUCAGGGGAGUACAAGGUAUGGAAUGGAAAUGGUGAUGUUUUAAGCAGUAGUGUUCCCACGACCCUCCUCGAGCAGCCAGCAGACUUAUAAUAAUACACAAGUCUAAUCCAAUGGUGGUGUAUUGGUUGAAUUUUAUAAGCGGGACCAAUUCACAGACAAUAUUUUAUCCACUGCAGACAUUUGUGCAAUAAUUCUUUUAUAUUAAAUACAUGUAAUUUUAUAGUUUAUUUAAAUGUAAUUUGAAAAAUUAUCAUUUUACAUGAUUGUUUUGGCAUUUUAUUAAAUUUAUGUAUAUAUGAA